UAUGACAUGGGGAUGAGCGAGAGAGAGAGGGGGAGAGACAGCCUGACAGGAAUUAACGGCUCGACAGCGGUCUGGACCGAAAACCUGAGGACGGGGAGCAAUGAAACCAGAACGGAUUCUCUGCCUCUCCUCUGCUGCCGCUGAAGCCAUGGACUAGAGCUGUGUCUGGUCCUCACAGUCCCACGGUCAUCAGAUGGCUUUUCAACAACCCUCAGCAAAAAUACAGAAACUCAUGUGGUUCAAGAUACUGGAGCGUACCCAGAAACCCUUGGUUGGCACUCAGCGGCAGGAAGAGGAUGACAACGUGAAGGCUGGCGUCCACCAAGGCCACCGCUGCACUGUGGGCAGCGCACACACAUGAUCACAUGACUCUGGACAUGGACGCGGUCCUGUCAGACUUUGUUCGGUCCACGGGGGCAGAACCGGGUCUGGCAAGAGACCUGCUGGAAGGUAAAAACUGGGACCUCAGUGCUGCUCUGAAUGAUUACGAGGAGCUCAGGCAGGUCCACACUGCCAACCUGCCGCAGGUCUUCAAUGAGGGCCGCUACUUCAAGCAGCCAGAGACACGUGACACGCCCACCCUUGUCAGCAAGUUCGCCAGGCCAUCUGCACAGAAGCAGGAGGACAAUGCACAAGAGAAGCGUCUGUCCCGCGGGAUCUCCCACGCCAGCUCCGCUAUCGUCUCACUGGCGCGGCUGCAGGUGGCCAGUGAGUGUACCAACGAGCAGUUCCCUCUUGAGAUGCCCAUCUACACAUUCCAGCUACCAGAUCUCAGCGUGUACAGCGAGGAUUACAGGAGCUUCAUCGAGAGAGACCUGAUCGAGCAGUCCACCAUGAUGGCUCUGGAGCAGGCCGGUCGUCUGAACUGGUGGUCCACCAUGUGCACUAGCUGUAAGAAGCUGCUUCCUCUGGCCACCACAGGGGACGGGAACUGCCUUCUGCAUGCUGCCUCUUUAGGGAUGUGGGGCUUCCAUGACAGAGACCUGAUGCUGAGGAAAUCCCUGUAUACCAUGAUGAAGAGCGGAACGGAGAGAGACGCCCUGAAGAGGAGGUGGAGGUGGCAGCAAACCCAACAGAACAAGGAGUCGGGGCUGGUGUACACUGAGGAGGAGUGGGAAAGGGAGUGGAACGAGCUGCUGAAGCUGGCCUCCAGUGAGCCUCGCUCUCACCUCAGCAAAAACGGCAACACCGGUGGAGGGGUGGAUAACUCUGAGGAUCCGGUCUAUGAGAGUCUGGAGGAGUUCCAUGUGUUUGUGCUGGCCCACGUGUUACGCAGGCCAAUUGUGGUGGUGGCUGACACGAUGCUCAGGGACUCGGGAGGAGAAGCGUUUGCUCCCAUCCCGUUUGGAGGGCUCUAUCUGCCUCUGGAGGUUACUCCGAGCCGCUGCCACUGCUCCCCUCUGGUCCUGGCCUAUGAUCAGGCUCACUUCUCCGCACUGGUGUCCAUGGAGCAGAGAGACCAGCAGCGAGAGCAAGCUGUUAUCCCUCUGACGGACUCGGAGCACAAACUGCUGGCACUCCAUUUUGCCGUGGACCCUGGCAGGGACUGGGAGUGGGGGAGGGACGACAAUGAUAAUAUCAAGCUAGCCAAUCUCAUCUUGUCUCUUGAGGCCAAACUCAACCUGCUGCACAACUACAUGAAUGUAACAUGGAUCCGAAUUCCAUCUGAAACGAGGGCUCCCCUAGCUCAGCCAGAGUCUCCCACAGCCUCUGCAGGUGAGGAUGUCCAGUCUCUCGCUGAGUCAAUGGACUCUGACCGCGAGUCUGUCGGCAGCAACUCUAACGUCAAUAACGGCAAGCCCAGCAAGGAGAAGGACAAAGACAAGCAGCGCAAGGACAAAGACAAGAGCCGGGCUGAUUCUGUAGCCAACAAGCUCGGUAGCUUCAGCAAAACCUUGGGAAUCAAGCUGAAGAAGAACAUGGGAGGUCUGGGUGGCCUUGUGCACGGAAAAAUGAACAAAUCUAACUCUGGCUCAGGUCGUAGUGGGGAGAAUGGAGGGGAAAAGACCAAGAAAAAAGAGUCUAAGACAACCAAAGGGAGCAAGGAGGAGUCGGGUCAGUCAGCCAGCUCCACUUCCUCUGAGAAAACCACCAGUUCAUCCCCUACAGACAGAGACGGACCCUCCAGCUCCUCCCCCACCGGGAGACAUGACAGUGCAGCAAGAGACAAGACCUUGGAAAACUGGAAAUACAGCACCGAUGUGAAGCUCAGCCUCAACAUCCUGCGGGCUGCCAUGCAGGGGGAGCGUAAAUUCAUUUUUGCAGGCCUCCUGCUUACCAGCCAUCGACACCAGUUCCACGAGGAGAUGAUCAGCUACUACCUGACCAACGCCCAGGAGCGCUUCAGCCAGGAGCAGGAGCAGAAGAGGAAGGAGGCCGAGAAGAAGCCGCCUGCCACGAAUGAGGUGGCCGUGAAAAAGCCAGAGCAUGAGAGUGUCUUCCAGAGGGAGAGAUCGGACAGCUCGCCACCGGAGAGCUGCGCUCCCAUCCUGCCCCACUACACCCACACAUACAACCACAACUCCCAGCCCCCACUGGGUCUCAAGAUGCAGGGCAGGAACAGUCCCACUCCUGCCGCCCCUCUCAUCUCUGUCCCAGUCCCUCCUCUCACCCCGCUAACGGCCUCCCACCAUGUCCCCCACCCAGCCCCUGCGCCUUACUGCUCCCCCAGUAUUGCUAAGAGACCGGGGCCCGUUCCUGUGUCCGCCCACUACAGCCAUACACCGCCCAUUCAGCGGCACAGCGUGAUUCACUUACAAGAUGUCAACAUUCAAUCCUCCAUCUUCCAAGAUGACCCCUAUAAGCCUGUGGUGGGCACCCUAAAGACAUGCGCCACCUACCCCCAGCAGAACCGCACACUCUCAUCCCAGAGUUACAGCCCUGCUCGCCUGUCUGGGGUCCGCACUGUUAACACCAUAGAGACCCUGUCCUACAACAUGCCUGGCGAACACAAGUCCCACACAUACACCAAUGGGUUCAAUGCGGGAGACAUUCAGGACUGCUUGGAGUUUGCUGAUGAGGACAACUUGUCUCACACUUGGCUGAACCAAGAGAAAACCAAAGGGCGGAGCUCUGGAAGCCCUUUGUACUGCUUUCAGCAGCGCCGCUGCAAGAGGGAGAACUGCUCCUUCUACGGCAGGUCGGAGACGGACAACUACUGCUCCUACUGCUUCAGAGAGGAGAUGAAACGCAGGGAGAGGGAGAGCAAAGUGCAGAGGCCUGCAUAGCCAUCACAGCCACUUCAGCCACUCGUCAACAAGGCCGCAGGAGACUUGAGGGAACGACACCAUCUGCACUCUGAAUUUAGAAUAACAUGACGGCAAACAUUUCCUUAUUUUGUGGAGGAAUGCUCUUGUGUUCCUGUCACCCCUCCCUUGUUAGUAAAGAGUAUUACUUUAUGACGAGAAAGCAGAACUUGAAACAGUGAGCAGCUUUGGCCAGAAAUUGUGCUAAUUUUUUUGUUUUGUUUUUUUGUUGUCUCAUUGAAGUUAGUCUUUUACUUGUUUUAGAGUAAAAGUCAUCUUUCUGUGAUGUAACUUUCUGUAUGUGAAAGUUCUUUAUUUUUUAAAGUCCAAAAAUAUUUGCGUCUCAUCAGGAGGGAACAUUUUAGCUCUUUUAAUCAGUUUGAAUGCAAUACCUCUGCUUGGUUCUUCAACAAUUUGUAGUUGUUUUGCAAUAAAAAUAAAUUCAAUGGGAGAUUAACAUUAGACUUUAAAGCAAUACAUUGGUGAUUUUUGCUACACCCUCUCCCAAUUUUGUCUAUGCACCAAUAAUAUAGUUACUGUAGGUUAACUGUGUCUUGUAAAUUGUAAAGGAUUGUCACGGUGUGCUUUUGUAAACAAAUUUGAACUACGGGAAUUAAAAUGUGUAAGCAUUAUAGAUUGUAAUGUUGGAUUAGGAUGAAAAUGUAAAUCUCUCAUUUGUUAAGUGUACCUUUGUUCUUGCCACAGUACAAGGGUUUCCUGUGUCAGAAUUGGACUCAAGAUAAUGUGUAAGAUAUCAUUUCACAUUUGUACCCGAAGUCGACCUCCUUAACCCUUGUGUCGCCUUCGGGUCAUUUUGACCCGAUUCAAUAUUUAACCCUCCUGUCGCCUUCGGGUCAAUUUGACCCGAUUCAAUGUUUAAUGUCGGUGUUCUUUCGGGAGUCAACAAACAAACAUAAAGUACCUCACACUUAAACUUGGAAAACAAUAUUAAUUCUAAUAAUUUUCUGGAGAUUUUAAUAGCUGGGGUCAUAUUGACCUCAAGGGUAAAAUAUGUUAGUAAAUAUAAAGGUAACAGGAGUGUUAAACAUUGAAUCGGGUCAUAUUGACCCGAAGGCGACAGGAGGGUGAAACAUUGAAUCGGGUCAAAUUGACCCGAAGGCAAAACCAAGGGUUAAGACCACAAGCACUGCCAAACUAGCUUCCUUAAGAAGAUUACAAUUCAAAUUUUUUCAAAAUGUUUUCUGUGGCAAACACCGAACAGUGUGCAUAGGAUGAAUCGCUUCUAAAAUAUGCAGUGUGUAUGGUGUGUUACUCUGAGUCGCCUGUUAACUAAUCUAUUCGGUUAAUGUGUUAGAUGAGAAGAAUUGUGGGUAGUAAGAGCAGGCCGAUGCGUAUUUGUCUUAAGUGUGAUUACGUGUCUCUUCCCCUCUACACAAACAACACAAUGUGCAGUCAUGCUAUUAGCACUAUGUGGUGACCUGCAGUAUAGAUGUGUCACCGGUUUAGAGUGAGAUUGUCUGUUCUUCUUCCAUAUCUAGAGGCCGUUAAAAGAAGCACCUGCUGCUAAGAGCACCUCAAGCCUUUGUGAUCAUCAGUGCUUUAACCAAUUAGUGGGUUUGUAAAACCCCGGGCCUCCAAGUGCUUUCUGCUCAUUCGACAUGACUACUGUAAAGACGCAGUGUUUGUGUUGCUGUUUGUUCUGGUGAUGCUUGGAUAAUGUGCCAUGCUGUCCUUACCUGAGUGUGUCCUGGCCAAGGAUGUCCACUGCUCCCUAGGUUUGCUUCUGUCUCUCUCCUGUACGCACUGCAGUGUCGCUCCUCUUCGUUUCUAUGUGACAAGUUCAUGGACUCUCACCAUGUUAGGACUGUAAGAUAUGAUUUUGUAUUCCUUUAAGAGUUUUACACGACUUUAAAUUAUUAAUUUGCACAUUAGGUACAGAUGUAAAUAUGAAAAAAGUUUAUUGUUACAAACGUGGUGUGUCUGUGUCAUUUUAGUUUUUCCUCCAGGAGGUUUUCAUCAGGAAAUCUAGAGGUUGUAGAUUUUAUUCUUAGGCUGAGGAUUUUUUAUUAGCAAUAAUCAAUGAAAUUACAAUGGAGAUCACGUUGUUUAGCUUUCUCUUGAUCCACAUAUGCUAAAAUACACUUUGCUUGCUAUCUA